UAGAGUUAUACCACGAAGGUACGCGGACUGUUCUGUAAAAUUCAGUAAGAUAAAGAAAUAAAAAUUUUAUUCGCACAAUAUACAGUACUAGACAAAUAACUAAGAAAUAUUCGGUGAAUUAAGAAACUUAUAAAGAUGAGUAAUAUUACAAGCCAAGAUAUCCAAUACAUCAGAGACUGGAUGGCGAAGGAGGACUAUUUGCCGAAAGACUUUUCUGACAUGAUGAUCAUGAAAUUCCUACACAGUUGCUACGGAAGUCUAGAACAAACCAAACAAUGUAUAGAAAAGUUUUGUGUCGGGCGACUGAACAUGCCUGAAAUAUUCACCAACAGAGACCCACUGUCACCUAAAUUGCAAACUGCAUUCUCUAUCACAAAUAUGGCGUCAUACAAUGCUGGAGAGUGCGAGAUACUUUUAUACCAAAUAGAUGACCCGACUCUUGAAAACUUCGACUUUUACGACACACUAAAAAUGUUCCUAUUACUCUCAGACAAUUGGAUCAAAUGCCAUCCCGUUUAUGCGGAAGGACACAUUUUUCUUUUAGACAUGCAGCAUUACUUUUUAAAAAUAAUACCGAAAAUAAACAUAUUUUACUACAGACAGUUCUUAUUAUACUUGCUUGAAGCAAUGCCAAUGAGGUUAAAAGCAGUACACGCAUUCAACUGCCCCUCUUACUACGAGAAACUGUAUUCACUUGUGAAGCCUGUGCUUCCUCAAGAGAUUUGUGAUUUGAUACACUUCCAUCCCACAGUUGAAGGGCUUUACAAAUCAAUAGACAAGAAACACUUACCAACAGAGCUGGGCGGAGAGGCACCGAGCAUGAGGAAACAGAUGGCGGAUUGGGUCAAUAGUGUUGAGGAAUCAAGGGAAUUCUACUUGGACGACAACCUAUGGAAAGCAAUUCCUACAAAAAAGUCAAAAGCAAUGGAAAACGCAAUGAACGGCUCAUUUAGAACUUUGUCGAUUGAUUAACAGUCUUUAAAACAUAGAAUUAAAUAUUGAAUUACUUAAUUAAACUUAUAUUAUUCAGUGGGUGGUCCCGUUUCACAUCGGUUUAA